GGCGAGCUGGCGAGGAGUGGGCGGAUGUGGCGCUCGCGCAGGCGGGGUUGCUGCUGCUGCAGGAGCUCCGAUGCGAGGACGCGCUGGCAGCGCUGGAGGAGGCCGGGCCCGCCACCUUCCAGCCCGCGCAGCUGCUGCCGCUGUUCCCCGCCACCGCCCGCCGCUGGGCCCCGGAGCGGCUGCCAGCCGGGCGGAGCUACUGGGGGCUGCAUGGGGGUGGGCUGCAGAGUCUGGAACGGCUGUGUGAGGACUUCCUCGAGCUGCGCAACUCCACCGCUAGCAGCCCGCGACCCUCGCCGCCGGGCUCGAUACGAGGCGGCGCGCCGCCGUCGCCACCGCCGACUGCCAAUGCGAGUGCGGCGACUGCGGCACUGCUUGCGGCGGCGAGUAACGACAACAUUCGCCAUCACCACCAUCACCACUCUCGCCACAAUCUCCACCACCACCAUCCCCACACGCCAGCUCCCGACCAGCAGCAGCAGCAGUUGGCGGCUGACGGCGGCGGUGGCGGCAUGGGGGGCGAGGUGGGGGUGCUGGUGACGGACGCGAAACGACACAUCGUGUCGUACCUCCUGCGGACCCGCGGGUCACCCGGCGUCACCUCCCUGGACGCCGUGGACUGCCUGAUUGCCCAGCUGCUGCUAGACACCGGGCAGACCGCCGCCCUGGAGGCCUUCCUCGCAUCUGCAGCUGGGGCAGGGGCAGGGGGAGCAGGGGCAGGAUCAGGAACAGGACCAGGAACAGGAGUAGCAGCUGCUGCUGCUGGUGGUGGUGUGCCGCCGACAGCAACAGCAGCCCCAGUCACAGGACCGUUAGGGGCCGUCUCACGGCUGCUAUCACCGCCACCGCAGCAGCCGGCAGCAACAGCAGCAGCCGCAGCAGCAGCAGCACCCGGGGCCGGCAACACCACCUCGUCGGCUCCUGGAACACCACCACCACCUCCCCCCGCGCAGUGUAGCCCCCGCGAUCCGGCGCUGGUGGCUAGCCUGGAGGCGGCGGGCAGGUGGCACGCACUAGCGGUGCUCCGGGC